AUGGAUAACACCCGGGGAAGGUCCCCUUCAAGAGGCAAUGCGCAGCACAUAAGCCCUCAACCUUCGCCAAACCAUUACCCCAAUACAGUGCCAGGAGUCGACCCUUCUAUACAGCAAGCCUUGACACACGGCAAAUUCAACACGGCAAACAUCUUCAACAACCCCUUUCUUGCCUCGCAACAACAGGGCGGACUCCAGGCUGACCCCAACCAAACCCCUUUCUAUAACAACGGCCAAUAUCACCAGAAUAUCUACCCGGACAACCGAUUCGGAGGUCAAAAUCUCGGUCAGGUCUACAACAACGGCGGCUUCAUAUAUCAGAGCGAUAACAUGAACAAUGAUUUCAACCAGAACUACCCCAUGAACCAGGUCUUUGACAUGCAUCCCCAGAACAACGUCAAUCCGGCAGAGUUGAGCAAGGUAUCUUCGCCCCAAGAUCAUCAAUCUCCAGGGCUACAGCCCCCUGAGAACCAGACGCAGUCUUCUCAACCUGGCUCACCGGCUUCAACCAAUGGCCAGUUCUAUACUCCGCAGCAUUCACGAAAUGCUUCGCUUGACCCUUCAAGCGCCUAUUCUGGUCUUAGCUUUACCCAGCAUCGGAGAGCGCCAUCAGAACACAGUGAUGUUUCAUCAGCGCAGCACUCCCCCUAUCUUGCUCACGCAGAACUGCAUAAUGCAGGAGUGGAUCUCGGCCAUUCCCCGUAUCUCCCCGCGCAAACUGAUUCCGGCAAUACCUUUGGCAUAGAAUCCUUCAACCUGGGUGACCAGGCUUACCGGUCACCCAGGCUCAUGCCCCAUAUGGAAGGAAGCCAAAACGGUUCCGGGAUGGACGGUAGUGGCUUGCUGAGCCGACCGAUGGGCAUUCCGGUGCCGGAUGUGUAUUCAACUCAGUCACCACCACAAUUCCAAGUCCAAGCCCCUGUUGUACCAAGUAACCACAUGCGAAAUAGCUCGAUCGUCUCAGACAUUGGCCAGGCCGAUCAAUUUGCGCCUCCGACAAUCAACAUCGAGCCUGCGCCUGUUUCAAGGCAGCAAAGCUUCGGACCACAAGGAGAUACGAUGGAGGGUGCUUUGAGUCCACCUUCCAGUAAUAGAGGUAGAAACCGAAGCAAGUCCGAUGUCACAUUCACACGUCCACUAUCAAGAUCGAGUUCGCCUGGCCUUACAGCGACCAAUGCAGCCCGCAACAAUCUAUCUGUACGCUCUAGCACUCCUGAAAGGGGCGGUUCUAUAUCGCGAGAAUCGUCUCCGGGGCCCGGGGUACAGUCAGGCCGCAUCGAUAAGAACCGCCGAGCUAGUACCUCAUCCAUGGGUCAGAACAGGGAUUACAUUCUCGAUCUGGCGGAUCCCAACAGGCCCAAUGCGUCUCAGUCCGGAACGAGCACGAGAGUUCAAAAACACCCGGCAACAUUCCAAUGCACUCUAUGCCCCAAGCGUUUCACGCGGGCCUAUAACCUACGCUCGCAUCUGCGGACGCAUACUGACGAGCGGCCUUUCGUCUGUACCGUUUGCGGCAAAGCUUUUGCAAGGCAGCACGAUCGCAAACGGCACGAGGGCUUGCAUAGCGGCGAGAAGAAGUUCGUCUGUAAAGGUGAACUUCACUCCACGCCAGGUCAACACUGGGGUUGCGGAAGACGAUUCGCGCGAGCAGAUGCCCUAGGUCGACAUUUCCGCAGUGAAGCUGGCCGGAUAUGCAUCAAGCCUCUACUUGAGGAAGAAAAAGCAGAGCGCCAGAACCGAGCUAGAAUGGAACAACAACAAGCCCAGCACGCUCAAUAUGCUCAGCAGGGCGGCCUGCAACCCAUACCGCAACCUAUGAUGAUUGGAAUGGAUCCCAGCACCGGCACCGGUGGAUUUGCCUUGCCCGCCGCUCUGCUGCAACAAUACCCUGCGCUGCAGAAUAUCGACUGGAGUCAGAUCUCCUCUGUGGCGGAUGACCCGGGUGAUCUGAGUGAUGUCGGCGGUAUGGGGCAGCCCAAUUUUGAUGGGUCGAGUGGCGGGGAGUAUUAUGAUGAAGAUAUUUCGGACGGAUACGUCAGCGGCACUGGGAUGGACUUUGCAAACCCCCACCAAGUACAGGGAUCGCAGCAUAUGUAUAUGGGUAGCUGA